UAGGAUGUCCAAUAUCUGGAUAUUGAUUACAUGGAUAACUUUAAAGAUUUCACUUAUGAUUAUGAUCACUAUCGAAAUCUGCCAUCUUUCAUAGAUGAGAUUCAUGAUAAAGGAAGAAAAGUUAUAAUCAUAUUAGAUCCAGCAAUAGCUAGUAAUAAAACUUUGAAAUCGAACUAUCCAGCUUUAGAUGUUGGCAUCAAUAGAGAUAUCUUUGUCAAAAUAAAUGAUACAUAUAUAGAGGGAAAACUUUGGGCUGGCAAAUCAUAUUUUCCUGAUUUUUCCCAUCCUCAAGUCCGACCUUAUUGGACUCAGAUGUGUGCAGAGUUCCGAAAAGCUGUUCGAUUUGAUGGCUUAUGGCUAGUAAGUAUGAAACUCUGCUUUUAA